AUGACAAAAGAGUAUACAAGAGAAGAUAGAGAACGAUGUGGAUUGAACAUUCCAGAAGAAUUUAAUGCAAUUGACUAUGAAUGUUUUAUGGGAUGUUGUGAUAUUGAUAAAAUUAAUAUUCCUACAAAUAUUACAUCAUUAGGAAAUAAAUGUUUUUAUAGGUGCAAAUCAUUAACGUCUAUUAAUAUACCAACUUCUGUUAUUAAAAUAGGAAAAUAUUGUUUUAGUGGAUGCGAAUUGUUAAAGUCAAUUACUGUUCCAUGUUCAGUUAAUGACAUAGGAAAUGAAUGUUUUGGUGAAUGUCCAUCAUUAACAUCAAUUGAUAUUGAAAAUGUUCAAUUUAUUAGUGAGGAUAGAAUGUUUGUAGGAAAAGAAAAACUAGCAUCAAUUCCUGUUAAUAACUUAAAAAGAAUUAAUGGAAUGUCAAUAAGAAAAAGAGAUGUUAAUGGGUUUGUUAUUCCUACAUCAAUCACUGAAAUAACGGAUGGUUGUUUUGAAGGGUGUAUGCCAUUAAAAUCAAUUAACAUACCAACAUCUGUUAGUAAAAUUGGAAGGGAUUGUUUUAAAGAAUGUAAGUCAUUAAUAUCAAUUAAUAUACCAACGUCUGUUAGUGAAUUCGGAUGGGAUUGUUUUAGAGAAUGUUAUUCAUUAACAUCAAUUGAUAUUGGAAAUGUUCAAUUUAUUAGUGAGGAUAGAAUGUUUGUAGGAAAAGAAAAACUAGCAUCAAUUCCUAUUAAUAACUUAAAAAGAAUUAAUGGAAUGUCAAUAAGAAAAAGAGAUGUUGAUGGGUUUGUUAUUCCUACAUCAAUCACUGAAUUAGGAGAUGGAUGUUUUAAAGAAUGUUCAUCAUUAAGAUAUAUUAAUAUACCAACAUCUGUUAGUAAAAUAGGAGGUUGGUGUUUUGAGUUAUGUUCAUCAUUAAAAUCAGUUAAUAUACCAACAUCCAUUAGUGAAUUAGACUGUAGUUGUUUUAGAGAAUGUUAUUCAUUAACAACAAUUAAUAUACCAACGUCUGUUAAAAGUAUAGACAUGUUCUGUUUUUAUAAAUGUAAAUCAUUGGCAUCAAUUGAUAUACCAACAUCAGUUAAAGAAAUAGGAUAUGAUUGUUUUAGUGGAUGUAAAUGUGAAAAAAAACUAAAGAACGAUAAGAGAAUAGGGAAAAUCUACGUCCAUUAUGCUUAUUAUGAUGACACAUGUGUUGUUGUCUAA